UGAGUGAGCGCUAAGAAGGGGAAAUAGCAUCAGGAAGACCUAUUCACGAGGAGAGAAAUAAAAUAGGCUUUAAACUACACCGACACGGAAAUGGUUAUUUACGUAGCAUAGUCAUAAGUCAUUACCAUAUGCGAGGUCGGAUGUUAAAUGUUGAUAGUCUGUAAGAUUAGCUCUUAGUUUAUUGUCUAAGGUGCGUGCGGAGAAUCGCCGCGCUGAAAGGAGCACAGAUAGGCGAAGAUAACUCAGGAUCUGACUACAGUCUCUGGAGUUAGAGCGGCAGAGAGCUACUGUUACAAGUCAUGUCUGCACGGCCGGCCUCUCCUGCCCCCUCCAUCUCCCUCCUGGAGAUCAGGUCCGAAACCCGGCUGGUGCUGGGAGCGUUCCUCAGGCGCUCUGCGGCCGUCCCCCCGGGUCAGCGUCCCGGGAGGGUCGGAGGGACGUACUGGGACCAUAACAAAUUCCGUGCAAGUUCUAAAGAUGGCCACUGCAUAACCGAGGGUGAUCAAAAUGGCCGCCGCAGAGCUGAGGCUGAUCAAAAUGGCCUCUGCAGAGCUGAGGGUGAUAAAGAUGGCCGCCGCAGAGCUGAGGGUGAUAAAGAUGGCCGCCGCAGAGCUGGGGGUGAUAAAGAUGGCCGCCGCAGAGCUGAGGGUGAUAAAGAUGGCCUCCAUGGAGCUGAGGGUGAUAAAGAUGGCCGCCGCAGAGCUGAGGGUGAUAGGGACUCACUGGAUUUGCAGAGCAGCUCAGAGGAGGAGAAGAAAUACAGUUUAAAAGACCUGAUAAAGAAGCACAAGAAAUCUCGUUCCUUCAAAUCACGUCUGCGGAGAGACCAGGAGAGGAUGGUCGGCAGCCCCCAAGAGGAAGUGGUGUCACCAUCUUCAUCUUCCUCUGAGGAUAUGAGCGAUUCCGAGGAGGAAAACAAGAAGAAGAAGAAGAAAAAGAAGAAAUUUAAGUCGUCCUUUGCCUCUUUAUUGCGUAAGAUGAAGUUAUCUAAGAAGGAUCCAUCAAAUCCCAAAAGACCCACUUCACUGGUGAUCCAGACUGAUCCCGUGGAGUCACUGAUGUCACCAGGCCACACUCCCGAGUUCUUUGAAGAAGUGGCGGACAAAGUCGACAAAUUUGCCCAGAGUUUGAAGAGGAAAGACCACCGACCAGCCAGUUCAGCCCCUGACAAGGAGAGUAUUGUGCAGCAGUUGGUCCAGGCUCUGCAGAUGCAGGGAGAUGCCAUCAACGUCAAGAUCCAGGCCAAUCCUGUCUUGCGUUCCUCCCUGGCCAAUAUGUCCUACCCUUCUUUCGCCAACCUGGUGGACACGUUCGACAGGCAGACCUGUCUGCUGGACCCUGCCCCCGCCAGCCCCACCCUGUCACGCCUCGUCAUGACAAUGGAGGUCUCACGCCACGUCAUCACGGCGACAGGGACACAGAGAAUCCAGGGGUACGCCGAGCACUACAUUGAGAAGUUCAACCCCUGGUUGAAGAGCCACGGAGGAUGGGACAAUAUACUCAAAUUAGAGGACGUUUCGGAGUACGACUGACACGUGUGAAUGUGAAGGCAUUACAGUUACUGGACAAGGGAAUAACUGACCACUACUGUACGGUAGUACUGUACUGUAGAGUGAGUCGGAUGGGGUAUAAUCUCCCUGCUGUACAUGUAUGCUGCUUUAUUUGCAGUAUUAAUUGAAGAUUCUUGGCAGAAGUGUCCGUAGUUAUGUCUAAGUAUAGCUUGACUCUGUUUAUUCAGAAGUCUUGUCUUUGCUUUCUAUGUCUAUGAGGAAAUAACCAUUUCUUCCGGUUAAAGGCACAAUAUGUAAGAUGUUUAAUUUGGAAAAUGUACAAAAUACCCCCAGGGGCAGUCUCUGUCUUUGUGCACAUUUGCCACAUUCCUGUACCAGUAUUUUAUUAGAAAAUGUAUUUAGGGCGUUUUUGAUCGUGGCUCUUGUACAUGUGGAGGGGUCUGAAUGUUAAUUUAUUUCUGUAUGAAACAAACAUUCGCUAACAUUAGCUAACAUUUUGAAAACGUAGUGUGUGGCGAGCUAAAAAAGUUCUUGCCUUUAAAAAUAAAUCACAGGAAAGCAACAAAUCAGCUAGCUGGCAUUGUUAGACCUAAGUCGCAUCUGUUUGUGUUAAAAAAGCGUUGGUGGCACACUAAAUCAAACGUUUAUCAAUUAAAAUCAUUCAGCAGUAACUAUUAGCUGCAAACAUAGCAAACAUAGUCCUGAACACACAUCUGCAUUUCAGAGGGUGGUGGGGCACAGCUCCAUGGCAACCCCUACACUGAGACAUUACAUUACAUUACAUUAUUGGCAUUUGGCAGACGCUCUUAUCCAGAGCGACGUACAGUUGAUUAGACUAAGCAGGAGACAAUCCUCCCCUGGAGCAAUUCAGGGUUAAGGGCCUUGCUCAAGGGCCCAACGGCUGUGCGGAUCUUAUUGUGGCUACACCGGGAUUAGAACCACCGACCUUGUGGGUCCCAGCCAUGUACCUUAACUACUACACUACCAGCAGCCAUGUGCUCAGAUGCAAGGUAAUUAACAGUGUAUUCAACAGCUCUAAUUGUUUAAUUAUCUGCAGAGUAGCAGUUAAAGCCAGCAGGGCUGAGUCAGGGGUGUACCCGCCUGGUUUAGUGGAGUGCACAGGCAGGUGCCAUGCUGCUGCUUUACCACUAGGGGGCCAGUGUGUCUGGGAGCACAUGGACACUAAAGCUUUGGAGCUGAGCACCGGAAGCGUGUAAAUGAUGCCUGGGAACAUUCCUUUACUCACAGAAGCUCACUGUAGACUCUGCCCAAAAUGAAAACCAGAAGGUCUGUGAGAGGGUGAACUGCUGAGGUUGAGAGAUUCCCGAUUUCCUCACAGGACACCCCCCUGACAUUCCCACCAGAUAAUCCCACCCGUCACUGUGACUUGCACACUGCAGGAGACCAGACCUCUCCUGCACUGCAGUCACACAGUGAUCCCUGCCAAAGCCAAACAGUCCUCUAGCCAUCCGGCCUCCUGGAUUGUUCCCUCUGUUGAACAGGCACACUGCGCCUCGUGGUCCAGGGUCACAGAGAGAGAGGAGUUUAUACUGUGAAUCCACACAUUCAUCACUGUACAGAUGUUUACAUAUCAUUUCUAUUUAUUUUAAAUGAGACCAGCAGCUGUGUUGGGCAAACCACGUGUUAAGCUUGUCCACUCUAGAAGGCUCUGUGUCAGUUUAUUACACAGCAUUGCUUUCAGUUAUUUUUUUUAUUAUGAUUCUGUCUUAUUUGCUUGCUUUUGUCAUAUGUCAGGUGAGCAUUGUGAAGGAGAAUGCUCAGUGCCUCCCAUGGUUUAUGUUUACACUCUGUAUGGCUUAUGUUUAUGGUCUGUGCAGCAAAAUCCUGUCUGCGUGGCCUUGGAGUAAUGAUGUCAUUCCUGGUCACAUGGUGAGAUCACUAUCAGAAGGCUUAAGGGCUAAAGGGAUCAUUUCAAUGGCUUUAUCCAUUGCUGUACAUAACAUCAACCUCUUUUGUAUGUCAUUGAAGAUCUACCAGAAAAGUUUGUUUGGCUUAAUAUUUCUAACUGGUGAAUACUGACACUGGUUCAAUUUCUAAUGUAUACAAAUUCGUUUAUUUUCCAUAUUUUUCUAAGCAGAAAGAGGACAUAUUGCAGAGUGAAAACAAAUAAUGUAUUUUAAAUAUUUAAUUAUUUUAGUAAUCGCUACAAUUGUGAAAUAUUACUCUUAUUUAAAACACCAUGUGCUAUACAUUUAACUUGGUUUUGGAAUGUGUGCCUAUAAUAUGUGAAUUACUGUAGUUUGUGCAUUAAUAAUGGAUCUGUUGUAUAAAUGUCACUUUUGUAACAUUG